AGCAUUCUCAGCGCUGUCGUUGUUAGCACUGGUUCCCAGUACAGUUUCUUCUACUUGCACGCUUGUGCUUUUGCGAGUAAAAUUUCAUAGAAAGUGUAAAGUGAAACCUAUUCAAUUUGAAGAGCAUUUCUUAGCAAGAUGACUACGCAGCCUGUGCCACCAUUAAUGCAGAACCCCAUAGAUGCGAUGGAAGUGGAUGAACCACCGAACGAGCAGAAUGGUAACAACGAGGAGCGGCAGCUUGUGGUGGAGGAGCAGCAGCUUGUGGUGGAGAACCCCAGCAUCGAUCUGGAGAUGUAUGCCCAGCAAUACAAUGGCAUAGCACGCCUCUAUCGGCUGGUGUACGUGGCCGAUGUUUGCCCCAUUCUGGCCGUGGAGGCGCUCAAAAUGGCCAUCGCAUAUGCACAGACCACGUGCAACUUUAAUGAGUACCAGUUUCUGCACAAGCGUUUGAGCGACCUGAACGCUCGCACUGCCCCAGCUCCGACUGCAGAUCCGGCUGCAGUGCCAGACAUGGCUGCCGUGCCGGCUGAGGAGGACGAUUCGCUCGCGUAUGAUGCUGUUUGGGUGGACACCACAACGCGCAAGUCUGCCCACAAGCUGGAGAUGCUUGAAUUGCAGCUGAGGACCUACAAGUCGAACACGUUCAAGGAUAUCAUUCGGAGCAGCCACGUUGACUUGGCCGCACAAUAUCUGAGCUGCGGGGAUCUGGCCAAUGCCAUGAAAUACUACUCACGGGACCGUGACUACUGCGACACGGGCGAGCAUGUGGUGGAGAUGUACCUGAAUUUGAUUAAGGUCUCCAUUUACAUGAAGAACUGGCUCCAUGUCAUCACCUACAAAGAGAAGGCUGAGAGCACGCCGGACUUUGCCAAGGCAUCCAAGGAGGCGAUCGGUAAGAUCAAGAUCCACACACACCUCGAGUGUGCCGCCGGCCUGGCCCAAAUGCAGCAAACGAAAUACAAGGUGGCUGCCCAGCACUUCCUGAACGCCAACUAUGACCAUGGCCAGUUUCCCGAAAUGAUCUCCGCCAACAAUGUGGCUGUCUAUGGCGGCCUGUGCGCCCUUGCCACCUUCGACAGGCCGGAGCUGAAGGACCUGGUGAUUGGCUCUACAUCGUUCAAGCCGUUCCUCGAGGUGGAGCCGCAGUUGCGCGACAUUAUUAUCCAGUUCCACGAGAGCAAGUACGCCUCGGUCCUCAAGCAGCUCGAUGAGAUUCGUGACAACUAUCUCGUGGACAUGUACACGGCACCGCAUGUGGACACGCUCUACACCCAAAUUCGCAAGCGCGCCAUGAUCCAGUACUUCAGUCCCUAUAUGUCGGCGGACAUGCACAAAAUGGCCAUGGCCUUCAACUCCUCGGUGGGCGAUCUGGAGAACGAGGUGAUGCAGCUGAUUCUCGAUGGCCAUAUCCAGGCGCGCAUCGAUUCGCAAAAGAAGAUCCUCUACGCCAAGCAGGCCGAUCAGCGCAGUAGCGUUUGGGAGCGUGCCCUGGUCCUGAGCAAGAAGUACCAGCGCCAGACGCGCAUGCUCAUCCUGCGUGCGGCUAUGCUCAAAAGCCGCGUCGUCGUGACGGCCGAUAGCGAUGCCCGCGACCAGGCUCCACCACGACGCCCCAAUUGAAUCCAUAAACUCUUUGAAUUAUACUCAUUGCACCACAAUUAUCCAUCCUUGUGUUGAGAACCAAUAAAUCAUCUACUUAGUGCCUCCCAAAG